CAUAUAUACUUACAUUCGUAUAUUUGCCAAUAUAGAUAUACGAGAGUGAAUUAAUACAAUAAAUAUUAAUUAUUUUUAUAUUUUAAAACUACUCGUUUUAUAAUAAUGUUUGUUCUUGCGGAAUUAAAAGACACAGUUAGGAUUCCACCAGCGGAAUUCAAGCAAAAAUUGAACGAUGCUAUUACAGAUGAACUUAAUAGAAAGUUAGCUAAUAAGGUUUAUCUUAAUGUUGGUCUUUGUAUCGCUCUUCAUGAUAUUACGAAAAUUGAAGAAUCAUAUAUUUUUCCCGGCGAUGGAGCAUCUCAUACCAAAGUAAUAUUUCGUUAUAUUGUAUUCCGUCCAUUUAUGGAGGAAAUAUUAAUAGGAAAAAUACGUAGUUGUAGCAUUGAUGGUGUCCAUGUAACAUUAGGGUUUUUUGAAGAUAUUGUGAUUCCACCUCAUAAAUUGCAACAUCCAUCGAGAUUUGAUCAAAUGGAACAAGCAUGGGUAUGGGAAUAUGAUACUGGAGAUGGCGAAAAACAUGAUUUAUUUAUGGAUGCAGGAGAAAUUAUACGAUUCAGAGUAGUAAGUGAAACAUUUACAGAAGCCUUACCUACAGGACCAAACAUAUCUGGGGAGACUGAAACAUCAGAAGCUAAAAAUAUAUCUCCAUAUACUUUAGGAGGUGCUAUUGACGAACCAGGUCUUGGAUUGCUUACAUGGUGGGAAAAUACUUAAGAAUACAAAAAUAAAUUCAGAUCAAUAAAUUUUUAUUCACAGCACA